UAUCUUGAUAAUUCUUAGCUUUAAUAGUAGAGGUUGUUAUAGGAGAGCGGGUGAGUAUUUAAUGACCAGAGGGAUUGAUUUAUCCUUUAUUGUUCAGCCUUUAUGAUCACGUGCGUCUUGCUACCCAAUGGCAUGGCAGCCUGUCUCCCCAUUACUAGCCCACUGUAGUUCUCUGUGGGGCCGAGUUGCUACUUGAUUUCUCCACAUUGUUAUUUUGUGAGGCUGGGUUUACUGCGUGUGUGUGUGUGUGUGUGGUAUGUGUGCGCGUUUUACUUUUGCAUGUAUCUGUUGUAUGGCUGCGUACAUGUGAACGUCUAAUUUUCCUGCCAUGUCGACAUCCGGAACACUGACUAGUUACUACGUUGAUUCCCUCAUUCUGCCCGAGAGCGAGGAGCUCUCUGUGCCGAGAUACCCCUCCGGUCCUGGGCUCCAGCACCCCAGACAGCCCGCCUCCAUUAGCGACCACAGCGAGCAUGGGACCUGUGCAUUUCCGUCCAAACCUCCGGUAUUCGGGCCAUCAUGGAGCCACGUCCCUGCUCAGUUCCCAGGCACCGUAUCGUCUAUGUAUCAUCACCACUAUCCCCAAGGCUCGGUCGGGGCAGAUACAGAUGGCCGCUACCAGUCGUGGCUGCUGGAGCCUAUGUCCGGUUCCCUGCCCAUGGCCGGAUUACCGACGACCCAUCAUUACGGAAUCAAACCGGAGAGUCUGGGGACGCGAGCUGACGGCGCUCUGCCCAGCUCCCACACGGCGUUACUACUCUCUGAUUACGCCAACGGAACAGUAGCGACGGCAUCACCGGUGGAAAAGGACGCACUGUCCAGCCAGGCAGGGGACACGAGCGGGGAAGGUGAAGAGAAACCGGGCCUUGAUCCAAAUAACCCAGUGUCCAACUGGCUCCACGCGAGUGCCACGAGAAAAAAACGCUGUCCGUACACCAAACACCAGAUCCUGGAGCUGGAGAAAGAGUUCCUCUUUAACACCUACCUGACCAGGGACCGUAGGUACGAGGUGGCGAGGCUGUUAAACCUCACCGAGAGACAGGUUAAAAUCUGGUUCCAGAACCGCAGGAUGAAGAUGAAGAAAUUUAAUAAAGACGGCGCACCGAAAGAGAGUGACUGAACCGUACAGUAUUUAGGCUGUUAGCGAGCUUUGUGUGUGGAAGCUCUUAACUCUGCUGGACCUUGUUUUUAAACGUCUUUGUCUUAUUGUUCCAUAUAAAAAAAAGUUAUAAAAGCUAUUAGGCUUAUUUGUCUUGUAAAAAAAAAAAGCAUGUUGGGCUUCAGUUUGAUGCGACUACCUUUAUAUUGCACAAUUUUAACGGUGCCCACUCGUUUUGUAUUUGUUAUUUUCUUAUGUUGAUUUUAAUUAAUACCUCGUUAAAGUGUAUCAGUUGGCCUGGUCCCUGUGCUUGUUAGUGUAUUGAUGUUUCUAGCUGUGCGUGUUCUGGUUUGUAGUUAUAUUUGUUAUCUAUCUCAGAGUCACCUGAACGUAUAGUUUGUAAAAUGUAUUAUUUUUUAUUGUUGUUUAUCCCUUACUGCUUAGAACUAUGACUGAUGACCGUGAGUUUGA